UUUCUCCCUUUAUUAUUCUAAACCCAUAUUCCCAAUUUCUCACUCUAUCUCCACUUUCCCUUUUCUUCUCUCUCUCUCUCUCUCUCUCUCUAGAACCAUGGAUUCUUCUUCACUUGGCGUUAAUGGCAGUGUUCAGCAUGUUCCCAGGAAGUCCUCUGACCAGCUUUUGAAGAAGUUUGCAGAGGUGGGCUCGGAGUCCGGCGGCGGAAGGAGGCUGUCGACAGUGGUUAAGAGGCGGCGGAGGAGGCCGAAUGAGGAGUGCGAGAGCCCAUCCGGCGGCGGUGUGGUGGAGCGGAAGUGGCUGAUUCCGCCGGCGGGGAGGAAAUCGGUUGUGUUGAAGAAAAUCGGGAUUGGAAGUGGCAGUGGAAGGUCUCAGCAGCUGAGGAUUAGAGAUUUUAGAAACAAAUCUUUCCUUGGAGCCAUUCAAAAGACGUGGCGAAGAACAGUGGAAGGGGCAUCAAAGGUGUUAUUAGAGAAACAUUACAACACUCACAGACGUUUGAUAAGUGACAUUGUCUGAUUCUCUAAAUUAUUAGAUGAGGCUGAAAUCUCCUUUUUACCCCUCCCCCUAAUAUUAUACCUUCUUCAUUCCUUCCUGCUUUUUUCUUUUAUUCCAUUCACUUUGUAUUUGCUUCUUAUUCUAUUUACUCUACAAGGAAGCUCUUUGUGCU